AUGCAGCUUAGCGUUAUUGCCGCCUUGAUCCCUUUGGUGUCCCUGGUGACUGCCGUAGGCAACUGGAACUGCUACAACAAGGAUAGUGAUAAAGCAAAGGCGUUCUCACAGUUUGAAGACUGGUAUCCUAAUGGAGCAUGCGUCAAUGAUGCUGGAGUGGGAUUGCCAGCGCAGAUGUGCACUUCUGUAAGACGGGGAGUGCUGGAAACAAAGUGGAUGGAUACUGAUGCUGCACGUCUAGGACCAUCCUUGCAUCACGAACCUCAAUGGUACCACGGCAAUUAUGCUGAGCUCAAAGCCAAAUUUGCUAAUCGGUUUCUAGGGUGUUAUCCGUUCUCAGAUGGUCGCACGGCGAACUGUUCUUGA